AGCUCCUGGGUUGGUCCUGAAGUCUCCAGCCACCUGCCUGCCUACCUGCCAAGACCUGUGCAGGGCAGCCAUGAAGUCCCUCAUCCUGCUCUUUUGCCUUGCUCAGCUCAGCGGCUGCCUCUCUGUCCCACAUGGCCCGAUGCCGGGUUAUAGGGAGCCGGCCUGUGAUGACCCAGAAACAGAGCAAGCAGCCCUGGUGGCCGUGGACUACAUCAACAAGCGCCUUCUUCGGGGCUACAAGCACACCUUGAACCAGAUUGACAGCAUCAGGGUGUGGCCGCGGCAGCCCACGGGAGAAGUGUAUGAAGUUGAAAUAGACACGCUGGAAACCACCUGCCACGUUCGGGACCCCACACCCCUGGCAAACUGCAGCGUGAGGCAGAUGAAAGAGCAUGCGGUGGAAGGAGACUGUGAUUUCCAUGUGCUGAAACAGGAUGGCCAGCUUUCUGUGCUGUCUGCAAAAUGUGAUUCCAGUCCAGAUUCUGCCGAGGAUGUGCACAGGGUGUGUCCAAACUGCCCCCUGCUGGCCCCGCUGAAUGACAGCCGGGUGGUGCACGCAGUAGAGGUUGCACUGGCUGCCUCCAACGCCCAGAGCAAUGGCUCCUACUUACAGCUGGUGGAAAUUUCUCGGGCUCAAUUUGCGCCUCUUCAAGCUGCUGCUGUCUAUGUGGAGUUUGCAGUGGCUGCCACUGACUGUGUCGCCAAAGAUGUCACGGACCCAGCCACGUGCAACCUGCUGGCAGAAAAGCAAUAUGGCUUCUGUAGGGGGACAUUCAUUGAAAAAGUUGGCGGUGGGGAAGAUGUCACUGUGACCUGCACCUUGUUCCCAACACAGCCUGUGAUCCUGCAGCCCCAGCCAGAGGCACCUACCCCGGUGGCGGAGGCAGACGCGCUCGGGCUUGAGCCAGUUGUCCAGCCCGAGCCGGAACCCCUGGAGAUGAUUCCCCCGAACCCCAUCCCCGAGCCGCUGAACCGGGCGCACUACGACCUGCGCCACGCCUUCGCGGGUGUGGCCUCAGUGGAGUCGUCCUCAGGGGAAGCAUUCCACGUGGGCAAAACACCCAAGGGGGUGCUCCCUGGCAUUCCUGCUGCUGGCGGUCCAGGCCCAGUGAUCCGCCCUUGCCCCGGGAGAAUCAGAUACUUCAAGAUCUAGAAGACGGUCAGAGAUGUGAAGGUUUAGCCCAGAGAACAUAGCCACCAUUUUGUCCUAGUAUGAGUAUGGGUGGGGGCCUUGUCUGUUGUCACAGCAAGUGCUACAUGUGGUCUAGGUUAAUAUCAAGUCUUGAAUCUCAACUUCUCAGUCUUCAGAGGACAGAAGCAGAAGGGGUGAUAGUUAUGUUUGAUUGAAGGCAUAAGGUGAGCAACUUGAUUGUCAUUGUUUUGAUGCUAAGCCACCACCAUUGUGUUCUCGACCUUCUCUUGAACUCACAAAAAUAAUUGGAACUAUGACUUUGAGAGGUGCUCAUGCCAGGUUUAUAUCCACUUGUUA